AUGCGUUCGGAUCUCCUCACAGCUCAACUGCUGACGACAGCCUUGUUUACCUCUGCAACCGAGCUCAGGGCUCCACGCUCUGAUUUCGAUGCCCUCUUGCCAGGCAGGAAGAUUGUUGAAACUAGGUCUCAAAAGUCACAAUGCCGCCUGCCAGCCAUCCCCAGUGUUUGGCUCUCUUCCGGUUUUCCAGACACCAUGGCUCUGGUACCACUAAACGGCACCAACACGACGGCUUAUACCUGGCCAACGAACUGUGCCCCUAGUACAGGCAACCUGAGUACUUUCAUGCUGUUCGUUGACUUCGAGGAUCAGCCUGCUCAAUUCGAUGAAAGCCCCCAACAUCUUCGCGAUUUCUACGUUCCAGGAGCCUCCGAGUGGUACGAGAAAGCCUCUUAUGGGAAACUUCACUUGGAAGUGGAAGCCGACACGUCCAGAUUUUUUCGUAUGCCCGCUUCAGCUGAAUCGUACGGCCUCAGCCGCGGUUUUAACUCGAGCGCACAUGCUACCUACCUGCUUGACGCGAUAGACUCCUAUGAGAACGCAACUGGUAGACCGGUCCCCGCCAGUGAUGUAUUCUACGUAGUGGCCGCACGGUCAGCAUGGCGCAUUUCCCAGACGGCAGCAUACAUGGCGAGUGUUUUGUACUCGCGAUCGGGCAAUCUAGUUUCUCGAAAAGCAGUCACAUUUGGACAGGACGUCUACGACUCUUUCAACUUCAAGGCCCUCAAUCAUGAGACGGGACAUACCAUGUGCCUGCCCGACCUGUACCUUGAAAGCGGCUCGGCACAAGACCUCACAGGUGGAUUCGACUUGAUGGGUUGGAUCAACGGACAAUCCAACGACUAUUUCGCUUGGAUGAAGUGGAAGCUGAACUGGAUCACCGACGAGCAAGUUGAUUGCGUGACUGCAUCAGGUUCGACUACACAUACCAUUUACCCUCUUGAACGUGAUGACGAUCAUAUUAAAGCUGUAGUCGUAAAGCGAAAGGACUCGGACACCGAAGCGCUGGUUGCAGAAGUACGGACAACAGAGGGCGUCGAUAAGGGUAGCUGUGUCACCGGGGUAUUACUGUAUACCGUGGACACAACAAUUGCAUCCAUAGAAGGACCGGUCAAAGUGCUCGACGCACAUCCAGAGACUGAUGGAUGCGAUGGAGUGCCCAAAAACGAUGCGGUCUUGACAAACGGAACAAGCUACGAACUGGAACAUUGGGGUUUGAAGGUUACUGUAACGGGUCAGGAAGGCGAUGUCUUCACUGUUCAACUAGACUACUCGUAG